AAAAAUAUACAAGUAAAUAAAAAUGAGUGUGUCCAUGAAAUCAUAAUGAGUGUGGUUUUGUUGGUUUGUGGGGAUUGUUUUUCUUCGGUCCAUUUGCUUCUUCUUGCUUUCAACUUGGAACCGUAUACUAUACGUACUGUCUCAACAAGCCCUUCUCUCUCAAAUUUAUUAAUUCAAUUCCUCAGGUGAUUAGCUUUUAAGAAAGAAGGAAAGAGCUUAUAUAUUUUAUCCUCUUGGAUGAAAAGGAGGAAAGCUUAAAGCUGAUAAUCUUACCCCUUUUUCAUCAUGUUUUCCUCAUAUCCCCCACGGUUGUAGCUCCUCCUCAAUUGGUCGGUCGCUUAUAUCAAGCCUCGCUUCGCUUCUUUCUUUGAUUAUUAUUAAUUCCGAUCGAUGUUGAGCAACAAUUCGGAGCUCCUCUCCUCCUCGGAAACCAACAGAAGAAAACGACGCCCCGCCGGAACUCCAGAUCCGGAUGCAGAAGUGGUGUCUCUCUCCCCGAAAACCCUGCUGGAAUCGGAUCGGUACGUGUGCGAGAUCUGCAACCAGGGGUUCCAGCGCGACCAGAAUCUGCAGAUGCACCGGCGGCGGCACAAGGUGCCGUGGAAGCUGCUGAAGAGGGAGACGCCGAUCGCGAGGAAGCGCGUGUUCGUGUGCCCGGAGCCGAGCUGCCUCCACCACGACCCGUGCCACGCCCUGGGCGAUCUGGUCGGGAUCAAGAAGCAUUUCCGGCGCAAGCACAGCAACCAGAAGCAGUGGGUCUGCGACAAAUGCUCCAAGGGCUACGCGGUGCAGUCCGACUACAAAGCCCAUCUCAAGACCUGUGGGACCCGCGGCCAUUCUUGCGAUUGCGGCCGCGUCUUCUCCAGGGUUGAGAGCUUCAUCGAGCACCAAGACGCUUGCAGCAUGGGGCGGCUCCGAUCGGAAUGCCAGCCACUGCAGACGGCGGCGUGCUUAUCGCGAACGGCGUCGAGCCCCAGCCCCUCCAGCGACACCAAUUUAAGCGUGGCGCCGUGGGCCGCCCCUUUCCCUGCACCCAUGGAUUCAAUUUUCAUGGCGGAUGCCGCCACACCAAAGAACAGAUCCCGCCCGCCCAAUCUCGAGCUGCAGCUGCUCACAAAAGCUACCACCAGCCUCGAUAACUCAGCCAAACUCGACUCCACUCAACUACAGCUCUCCAUCGGCUCGUCGGAGAUCGGAGACAAAGCCGAAACGGAUAAUGCCGGCAACAUCGCCGGCGGCAACCGCUACUCGCCGAUGGGAAGCAGCAGCACCAGCGGCGUGGCGGUGGCGACGCUGAAGGAGGAGGCGGAGGAGCAGCUGCGGGCGGCCAUGGCGGAGAGGGCGCACGCGGAGGAGGCGCGGCAGCAGGCGAAGCGGCAGAGGGAGCUGGCGGAGCAGGAGUUCGCCAACGCCAAGAGAAUCCGGCAGCAGGCGGUGGCGGAGCUCGAGAAGGCGCAGGCGCUGAAAGAGCAGGCGGCGCAGCAGCUCAACGCCACCAUCUUGCAGAUCACCUGCCAUUCCUGCAAGCACAGAUUCCACCCAGAGGCGACGGCGCUGCGGCCGCCGUUCGUAGCCUUUAAAGAAUGGGAAGUCAAGAAAAACUGAUAAGCAAAAAAAGGAAGUUUACUUUAAUUAUGUGUAUUAGUAAUGUAUGUUAUUCGAGUUUAGUUUUUAAUAUCAAAAAUCAACGACAUUACAGUUUCUGUAGACGUAUAUUUAGUGGAAGAGAUAUUUCAGUGGAGUGUUAUGAUUAAAAAAAAAAUUAAUGGAGCGGGUGUCAGAUGGUUAAUGCAGUUGGUAUUGUAUCAAAUUUGGUAUUUAUUAAUUUGGAUUGUUUCAUUUA